AUGGAAGACAAUAUUGGGAUGAUGAUGAUGAGGAUGAUAUUGACACUGUUGCAUUUUGAUAUGGAUAUGGAACUUGAGAAUGAUUGUGCUUGGAAGCCAAAACAGGGAAUGACAUUUGAUUCUGAACAAUGUGCGUAUGAUUUUUAUAAUACAUAUGGAGAAAGAAUGGGGUUUAGCAUAAGAAUAAAUUAUUGUAGGAAGAACAAGUUCACUAGCCAACUUAUUUGUCGACUUUUGGUUUGCAACAAGGAGGGAUUUUGGAAGGUUGACAAGCGAGACCCAUUAGCAAAAAACCCUAGAGCUAAAACUAGGAUUGGUUGUGAGGCUCAACUUUAUGUGAAAUUAGAUGAGGGUAUUAGGAAAUUUGUUGUGACUGAUUUCAACGAAAAACACAACCACAAUAUUGUAUCACCUGAGUGUGCCCAUAUGUUGCCGUCACAAAGAAAGAAAUCGGCUACCCAAGCAAUUGAGUUAGAUUUGGCGGCAUCUGGUCUUCAUUUAGGCCAAUCUUUUGAACUCAUGGGUAGGGAAGCUAGUGGGUGA